AUGGGCCUGGUGCAUACUACGACUGCCAUCCCCAGAGGUGCCUACAAGAUCCUCAAUCAUCUGCAUGAGGGCUUUGCCAACCUACCGUCUCUCUACGGCUCUUCGGUGCGCCACCAAAAGAAGGUUACUGGAAUCGGGACUGGCGUGAAGGAGGGCGGGAAGGCGUUGUUCUGGGGUGUAACAGACGGUAUAUCCGGGCUUGUCCUGGAGCCCUACGAAGGCGCAAAGAAAGAUGGCACUGUCGGCGCUUUGAAAGGAGCCGCUCGUAGUGUUGCCAACCUCUAUAUGAAGCCUCUCGCUGGCAUGCUGGGCUUCGUCAGCCUACCGCUUCAAGGCGCCUGGCGUAGCAUUGAGUCGCCUCGCAGCCAGCAACAGGAACGUCAGCAGCGCCGCCUCCGUGUCGAGGAGGGAGAGGAGGCCGCGCGACAUCUUUCGGUCUCCGAGCGCCAAGAAAUCGUCUACCGCUACUACGUGCUCAAGCGCGACACGCAUGUCCGGCGCCAGCGGUUGGCCGCCCUGGCGGAGGCGAAGCUCAAGGAGGACAUGCAGGAGGGCGCGAUGGAGGAUGCGGUCUUCGCCGAUAGGACCUCGGGGACGACAGCGAGGUCGCCGGGCACGUCGCAAGCCUCUAGUUGCCGGUCUAGCAUCUCGUCCUCAAGUACGACUACUGCCCCUACGAGCACGCGACCAUCUUUGAUGAGGUCGUCUGCGAGCGAACCAGCGGUCAGACAUUCCGAGAGCGAGAGCGAGCUGGAACGCAGGUACCAAGAAGACUUGAGCCAUGCCAUCCGGGUCUCUAUGUCGGUCUCGAGACCCUCAGAAACGCGCAGCAACACGCAGUAG